AUUUUGUUGCCAUUUUGUCCAAGAUGUCAAACAGAAAUGAAGUCGCACGGCCGGCGGCGCAGGGUGCAGUGGGGGACGCCGUCCAGCGGAACGGUUUGGGCGCAGCUGCGCAGUUCCUGCAGGCGGAGCAGUCGCUGAACGCGCUUCUGCGGCAGCUCUCCUUCGAAGGGCAGGUGCGCUACAUCUACAACCCCCUGGAGUAUGCCUGGGACCUGCACAGCCGCUUCGUCAACACCUACUGCCGUGACGGGCAGAGUGUGCUCUUCCUGGGCAUGAACCCCGGGCCCUUCGGCAUGGCGCAGACCGGGAUCCCCUUCGGCGAGGUGAAUGUUGUUCGUGAUUGGCUGAAGAUCAGUGGGGAGGUGGGCCAUCCGCCCGAGGAGCACCCGAAGCGGCAGAUCGUGGGCCUGAAGUGCACACGGAGCGAAGUUAGCGGCGCCCGCUUCUGGGGCUUCUUUCGUAAGCAGUGUGGCGAGCCGGACGUCUUCUUCAAACACUGCUUUGUGCACAACCUCUGCCCGCUCAUCUUCAUGAACGACAACGGCAAGAACCUGACCCCGGCCGACAUCCCGGCGGCCGAGCGGAACGCCCUGCUGGCUGCGUGUGACCAGGGGCUGUGCCAGGUGGUGCGGGCGCUGGGCGUGUCUACCGUCAUUGGGGUGGGCCAGUUGGUGGAGCAGAGGGCGCGUCGGGCCCUGGCGGCCGCGGGGCUGGAGGUGCGUGUGGAGGGCAUCUUGCACCCCUCCCCCAGGAACCCUCAGGCCAACAAGGGCUGGGAGCCCAUCGUCCAGGCCAAGCUGGUGGAGCUGGGCGUGCUGGAGCUCCUGAAGCCGUGACCGCCUUGCCUUUUCCCCCCGCGGCCUCGCCCCGGGUUCCACCGGCGUGCCCUGUGUGGCUUCUCACUGAGAUCUCACGCAGGUACGGGCAUAGCAUUGUUGAGAUGGUGGCUUGGUCGGAUUAUAGACGUUUGGACCCCUGCAGGGCCAUGAAAAACAAAAAGCAAAGGCAACACUAGUACAUAUUUGAAGGUUUACAUUCAUAACCUUUGCCUUAGACUAACACUACAUAUCGUAAUCUUGACUUGUGCAAGCUCAUACUAACAAUGAAAGUGAAGGGGGAAAUCAAAGACUUCUUCACACUGCUCUCUUUUUCUGUUGUUCUACCUCUAUUUGGCUGCUUGUGGGCUUCUGAUUGCCUAUCUUUUCCAGCCCAUGAAUGCACACAUUAAAAUGGUUCAUUACAAACUCAGUUAAACUAAACAAAGAAUAUUGGUCCUGUAGUGAUCAAAUGUACUCUAUCAGAGUAAAAUGUACUCAGUGAGAGUAAGGAUUUUUACUGUGCAUGCUGAAUCUAGACCACCAGGGUGUACUUAACAUUUCAGAUUGGAUCCCAUAUAUGCUAGCUGACCGUGACUGGGAGUCCACAGCUAGGCCAAAAGUUGACCUUGUGUUCUCUGGGGUGGGGAAGGUGUAAGUUGGGCAGUGUUCCCUCAGUUUGCCUCUACAUUAGUUCCUCCUAGUGGUUUUCUUAGCACCCUCAGGCUUUGGAUGUCAUCCUUAGGGAGAGCUUGGCACUAUCUCCCCCAUUUUCUUGUGUUGUCUAGAAUAGCCACAGUCUUCAAAGUGAGUGCAUUUAGAGCUAACAUUACUUAACCAAAAGGCUUGAGCCGUGUAGCCAUUUACUAGACUGGCCUAGCUACUGCUAGCUAUUUAGCAGUCACAGUUGUCAAAUGGACAGUAUGGUUGAAAUACAGCAGUUUAUAUGCUGUAAGAAGCUUUCAAAUGACCAUUCAGCUCAGAAUGACUGGUGUUCAAUGGGAGGAGCUAAUGUAGCUUUGACCUGAGAAACCCUGGCUGACCCACCUUUUAUGCUAGUAUAUUUACUGAUCUUUAUGAUGUGCAUCAUUUGGGGUUUUUCCCAUUAUUGCAGUGUAUAAAGCUAAAAUUUGAAGCUAGUUUUCAAUAUUUGCUAUCAUUGAAACUCAUAUGAGCUUCAAAUAAUGUAUCCAUCACAAGAAAAAAUUCAGUCCAUAGGAAACUACAUAUAAUUUACCAAAAAUCAGAUAGCAUGCAACACUUCACUAUCCCAUUUUCUAACUUGACAACCAUCUCCUGAUAAAUAAACAGGAUAUACAUAUGUAAUAUUGAUAGAUGUAAAGUGACAUCUUAAAAUGUACCAGUCUGGCAUGGUAUGGUUCAGGAAUAAAUAAGCUAGGCCAUUGGAAAGAAGACUUUUAAACUGCUGUUUUUAUUAUUUUAUUAUUAUUAUUACAAGAAUAAAUUAAGGAUGGUUCUUAUUUUUCAUUGGUCAUUUGUUUUCUUGAGUGGAGUAAUACGACUACUGCUGUCAUUACUUUUACAAUGAUUGUAUGAUUACUAAUUCUAUUACUAAAAUUAUUUUGGCUAAUGAUUUGAAUUGCAUGGUAGCCAUUUUGUGCCACAACGCUCAUCACACAGGUAUGAAGAGGAGCUAAUCUUGUAACAGCCAGUUAGUUUGGGUGAGUGGAAUUGAAUCAGGGCUGUUGUAUACAGAUAGAACCACUCUUUUUCUCACAGUAUUCCUUUUUUUUGUCUGAUCCCUAGUGAGCAAAGCAAACAGGAAAUCAUGCGCUUGGGUGCACAAGUCUGUGUAGACUUAAUGGUUUGUCCUAAUUACUGUUGAGUGGAAGCUGUAAAUUUCAGCGGUGUUUGAAUUGAGCUGCUGUUAGGGGAUUCCACGAGAUCCCCUCUGCUCCAGGAUCCGAAUUCUGCAGAGAACCAUCGUCUAAACGUGUUUUUGUCUGCAAAACGUGUCUGGCAAGUGUGAAAUGAAGCGGGACGUGGUGGCCCCCCUCCCGAAACGCACAUCCACCCGCCCCACCCGACAGCACAGACCGAACACAGCCGUAGAGCCUUAAUGACGCCCAUUUCUCUCUGUGCCGCGUUAUUAAUUAGCUCAAUGAUCCUUGCUGACGGGACCCGGGCUGUUGCUCCCUGGCCCCCCCUCCGUCUCACCCCCCGCUCCCUCGCCCCCUCAGAAAAGCCUGCGGCAGCCAGACCGCGUUUGAUCAAGGUGAGAGGCAGUGCCUCCACUUUGUUGGUGGGAGCCUGUGGUCGCUGAGCCAGAGAUGUAGCCGACCUGCUGAGGCUUGAGAGAGAGCGUAUGGCCAUAGAGCGGACAGGCCCCAAAAGCACUCACCCCGUAUCACACUGGGCUGUGUUCAUCUAAUAAUGGGGGUUGUGUUUAGAGUCGUAAGUGCUGGUGAUCGGUCAGGUGGGUGGGGGCUGAAAACGGGUGGGGCUAUGCGUGGGCACCUGAAUGCUCGAGGUGGGGUGUUUAAUUGUAGUCAGAUUAUUAUUUGGCCCACGGUUGGAAAUGCUCAAAGAUGCUAAAGAAUGCUAAAAAACAUGGAAUAUACUCAAAAUUAUUCAUUGUGUAGCAGUGUUGCUUAUCUUUUUGGCUUCAAAUCUAAUUAUUGGAAUCCCAACAUUUGCAUUUUAAAAGCCUGGGGACUGUGUCUUGGUUGCUUGUGUUUUUUCAGCUUAAUCUAGUUUCAUGGCCUCAGAUUCUGUUUCAGUUUGGGAAUAAACAAAACAAAGGAACUUGUUUUUUAACCACCGAAAAGCUUAAUUUUGACAUAAUUCUGAAUUCUGAAAUCCUUUUAAAUAUGUGCCCCAAUGACUCCGAGUCCAGGUUUUAGGUCAUUUGACUGGGAAACUCUGUCUCCUGAGGUCAAGGGUAGACGACCCUACGCUCUCACUUCGGUCACAGGGAGUCUCCUCGCCUUUCCGGUCCAUCUGCCCAUCCAAGGGCUUGACCCGCCACCUGAACCCUAGGCCAACCCGGCUGGCACCACACGGACUGUCACAGCACAGCGCAUCUGUCCCUGGAGCGUGCCGCCGUACGCACAGUGUAGCCUCUCCGCCAGGGCGUGGCACCAGGCGUACUCCGCCCGCGCGUCUCCCGCGCGUCUCCCGCACGUCUCCCGCGCGUCCGCACGGCCGCAGCUGCGCGGCGCGGUUAUUGACUGGGGCCGACCUCCCGGUGACCCCGGCGGUGUGCAAGUAAAGGGCAGGGAGGGAGUGCGCUCUCCGCCGGGGCUGUCAGAGCCAUCAAUACCGUGAUGAAUGGAGGCGGCGGUUAUUAAAGCAGAAUUAGAGCAGGGAGGGGGGCGUGGGGGGUGAUGAAUGGCGCGGGCGGAGGCUUUUGUGGCAGAGACUGGAGAGCCGGAUGGCACAGCUCCGCCAUCAUCGCUCUUUAUUACCCUGCAGGACCGGCCCGGUGCUGGGGAACCAGGGAGAGACAGGCCCAAAAGCUGCCCCUCACACUAUUACUUUUUCUGCCACCUACCUUUGGUAUGCAUUUCCUCCCUUUUAGACCAUCAUUGGCUAAGAUGGCCUCUUCUUUUUUUAACCAUUUUUAGAAGACAUCGCACAUAUUUCCUUACAUUUGACUGUAAGUGUGGUGCAUCAAUAAACUUGUAUCAUCAAUAUAUACAUUAUGAUUAUACAUAUUUUCCUCCCCUAAUCAACGCUAGUGUGCAUUAUGUAGCUUAUGUAACAACAAACAAAAACUUGAAUGAGAAAAUCUGGUGCUCAAGUAAGAUGCGUCUGUAAAUACCUCUUAAUUAUCAAAAAGCACUUAAGAAAAUUCAUUUUAAAUAUUCUUAUUCAAAGAUAAGUAAUCUUAUAACGAUCGAUUUAUCUUGGUACGCAAAUGUAAAGGGAUUCAUUUGCUUAAGUGUUUUCUUAUUAUGAGGCAUAUUUUCUUAUGCGUGUCCCAUUUUCCUGUGCUGCACGAUUAUUUUUCUUUUAAGAUUUUUUCCCCCCAUUUUCGCUGCGCAGCCCAUCAAUCAUACUGAAGCCGUGAAGCGUAGCAGUGUACGCUGGGAAAUUAGUGGGAUCAGCUGGGAGUGGAGAAAUGGACGUAAGCUACACUGCCUGUUUACAGUGUGGUUAAAUCUACUGUGGAAAAGGGUAGGCUACUGCUAUUAAUUCAGGAUAGAGCCAGAGGCCAUCCCCCUGAAAAUGUCGCCUGAAUACAGAUGUGACCGAUACAAGAAGACAAAUUGCAUUUAUCGUUGUUGUUUCUCUGCAUUCUGUAUUUCAAUUAAUCGUUUCUCUCUUUUUUGGGGGGCACACCCAUUUUGUUUAUUUGUGGGUUGAUAUUCUAGUUAAUGUUUUUCCUUAUUUCUGGAAGGUUCUAUCUUCAUUAUGCUAUGAGGGUCAUUCACUGCAGUCCCAGUGCAUGUUGCCAGCUUAUGCCUAGGCACCGCCUGGAUCACUGACUGCUCCACUUCUUUGCGUUCCUCCUCCUUGGAUUUGCUCCCUGCUGUGUUAUCUCCCACCUCUGUCCUCCUUAAAUAUCUGAGAUGGUUUAGCCUGCAGUGGUCUGAAAACAGAUAUCUCGCUAGCCUAAUUUGCCCUAAAUAUCAAAACUCUCUCAUGUUCAUGCCUUGCAGUCUGUUGUGCAGUGCAUCCUCAUUACCAUUCCUGCGUGUCGCAGAAAGCUGAGAAACAUUUGCAUUAAAGAUGGCAACAAACUGUGGACGCCAUGAUGUUGAGGUAACACCGGCUUCAGGAAAGCCUUGGGUCAUGAGCUGCCGCACCAAGUACAUUGUGAUUCAGUCUGGCCAGAUGAAGUAACCUAGUACUGUUAAAACAUCAGAUUAGGAUUCGGGGUGGGGUUCAGGUUCUUGCCUCAUGCCCGAAUAUUUGUAAAGAUUUUUAGCUAUAUUAGUUGUACCAGACCUUUUCUGUAUUCCAUAAUGAGGCUCUGUACUCCUUCACUCAUUUUAUUUGAUCAUAAUACCAGGGAACCUUAAGCUGUAUCCUUUCAGCAGUGGAAAAACCGCCGUUCAUUUUGAGCGCUUGCAAAAUGGUGCAUGAACAAAAGCCAAUGAAAGUGAUAGCCUGUCUUUUCUUCCAUGGUUUGUUUUGUUAUUUGCAGAUGGGGGACUGACACUUUUGUUGUGGGUAUUUAUGCCAACAUAAUUACAAGAGCUACUCUACUGGACUGUGUAUUUUAUAUUGAAUAUCAAUAAACCUCAUUGCUACAGUGCAUUGUCAAUGACAUUUAAGAAA